GCCGUGUGCCCGCCCGCGUGGCUGCCGCCAGAGGGCGCGGACGUCUGCCCUCCGUGCCCAGAGGCGCCGCCGUGUGAGGCGGCUCCUACCGUCUGCGCGGCUGCGGAGCCGGCCCCGGUGGAGGACAGCGGACCCCCUCGGCUGCGGGUGCUGAACGGGAUGGCGUUGCUCCCGCACUACGUGGAACAGGAGUGGUGGAGGCGCCUCCGACCAGGGCAGCGUCUCGUCGUCAGAUAUAGCGACGACCCAGUCGACCACGAGCGAGUGCUGCUCUACCCGAGCCUGCCGCCUGGGACGUGGGCGGCGCGGACCCCCGACGGGGACGAGUACGAGGAGGACUUCGCGGGAGCAAAUCCUCAGACGGGGCAGGGUUGGCCGCGGCCGAUCUACCGCUUCCGUGCCGCCCUCACGGCUGAAGAGCUGCGGGCGGCGAUCAGGCGCGGGCGCGCGCUGGUGGAGGCGCGCCUCCCUGGCAUCGCGCCCGAGGCGCCGGCUGAGGUCGCGGGCCCUGGCGAUGCGCUGGUGGAGUGGGCCACGUUCUUCGGCGAGGCGAGGCGACCAGCGUCGCUGCGGCUGCGGGGAAAGCAGUCGCUCGCCCCGCUGGAGGACGACCGCGUCUGGGUCGUUGCCGAGCCCACGGAGAGCGCAGCGGUCGGCACCGCGGUCGAUCGGGCGGACCCGCGGAUUGUUCCCGCGACAGCGCUGGCGGGGCUGUUCGUCUUCGCGGAGGGCCCUCGCCGUGUGGAGGCGCUGCUGGCGGACGAUCUUCCAGGGUAUGCGGCGAGGCGGCGCAGGGAGAUGGGCCUCAGCGACUUCCCGGCCGCUGAGGCGGAGCGUGACGGGCCAGGACCUGCAGGAGCCGCCGACCUUCGCGAGCGCCUGGGCCGAGCCGCGGACGCUGGGGGUGGGCCGCGCCCCGAUAGGGCGAGUGGCACGGCUGCCCCGCCGCCCGGGGGCGCGGGGGCUGACGGUGGAGAUCUCCGCAUCUUGGAGGUAGACUACGACGCGCAGGGCGAGAGGUACAAACCCUUCAGGACCGCAUGCCGCGAGUCCUCGCAGGAGGCCUUCCCAGACCAGCCAAUCGAGGGCCCCGCGUCGGCUUUGACGGCGUGUAAGAACAUGGAGCGCACCAACGGCGACCCCAGGCCCUGGCUGCGAGACUUCCUGAGGUCAAAAGGCUUCGGGGACAACGACAGGGUGAACUUAGGCGGCCUGAUGUGCCUGGAGACGGCGGCGAGGAGGAUCGCGGGGCUGGUGGCGGUCUACUCGGACCCGGCCAAGCCUGUGCGGGGUCGCGCUCGCCUCUAUACGGGCGCCGCCUGCUCGGACGACAUCGCGGGCCAGGCGCUGCAGCAGUUCGCCACCCGCAAGAUCAAGGGGCAGCAGGAGGCCCAGGUGGCGUUGGCGUUCGGCAAGGGGCCGCAGCGCAUGGACGGCGACGCAAUGACUGCCCCCACGGCCGGGGAGAACCCCGUCCCCGGCCGGGAUUCAGGGGGGGCGCGCGGCCGGCUUGCCGCCUCGCGCCGUGCCGGGGAGCUGUUCCCGCUGCCACGCUGGCGCCUGCCUGAGCUGCCCGCGGCCGGCUCCGCGCGGAACCUGGCCCUUCGACGGCGAGAACGGCUGGUGUUCAAGAUGGGCCACGAGGCGGUGGAUGCUCUGAACUGGCUGGCGGGCUUCCGAAGCGGCCCGUCCUAUUUCGAGCCCGACUCGAUGCAGGGCGAAGUUUUGGAGCGGAUCUGCGAGUUAGCCUCGAGCGGUGCCCGGGCCCUGACGCCCCAGUGA